AAUCCUUUCGUUAUUUUCGCUACGCUCUUUAACCGAAAAAAGGCCCCUCGAACGCACAAAAUAAUAAACAAGGAGCAAACAAACACAAUUUACAAACCAGCACAUCGUUUGACAUCUCUCAAAAACCCUAAUCGCUCCAGGUUUUGUCAUGAAGGGAGGAAGAUCAAAAGCGGAGGACAACGGUAAUGAUACGAAGCUAAAGAGCAGAGGCGCGAAAGCCGGAAAGCGGAAGGCAAAGGCUGCGAAGGAUCCGAACAAGCCUAAGAGGCCUCCUAGUGCUUUCUUCGUUUUCAUGGAGGAGUUUAGGGUGCAAUUCAAAAGAGAAAAUCCUGACAACAAAUCUGUGGCUGCUGUCGGCAAAGCUGGUGGAGAGAAAUGGAAGUCUAUGAGUGACGCCGAAAAAGCUCCAUAUGUAGCUAAGGCUGAGUCAAGAAAGAAUGAUUACAACAAGAGCAUGAAGGCUUACAACAAGAAAUUGGCUGAUGGAGAGAAUGGGGUUGAGGAGAAUGAAUCUGACAAGUCAAAGUCUGAAGUGAACGACGAGGAUGAAGAUGGCAGUGGCACUGCAGAGGAGGAUGAAGAUGAUGAUUAAAGAAAGGCAGAGGAGGAAGAUCCAUGUGGGACAUGAGCAAUUUAGUAGAAUUCCUCAUAACAUGAUAACCCCUAAUUAAUGUUUUAGAUUAGAUUAAUUAGAUUAGUCAAAAACAAAGCACAGAGAAAGGACUGGUUUCAGUGCACCCUAUCAGGAAUUCACUGAGAGCACAUAUGCUUAUAUACUAAUUUCCCUAAUUUUUAAUGAUCUAGUUUCAGUCUUUCCUUAA